AUGUCUCUCUAUGACACAAUCCUGGGGAUUAUCUUCCUUUCUCAGACUGGAGUUGGGGUCCUGGGCAACUCCUUCUUCCUCUGCCUUUAUGUCUUGACUUUGUCCAGCAGCCACAGGUCAAGGUUAUUGGACCUUAUUCUGGUCCAACUUACAAUCACUAACACCAUAGUGCUCCUCUCUAAGGGAUGCCCACUAGCAAAUUUCUAUUUUGGGAAAAUUUACAUCCUUGGAAACCUAGGCUGUAAAAUAGUAUUUUAUCUCCAAAGUGUAAGCCGGGGCCUUGCCAUCUCCACCACCUGCCUCAUGAGUAUUUUUCAAGCUGUCACUAUUAGUCCCAGCAACUCUAGGUUGGCCAAACACAAAGUCAGAGUUCUGAAGCUCAUCAGGCCCUCGUGUUUCCUCUGCUGGAUAUUCAACAUGACCAUAGAAAUAAACGUGCCCAUCUACGUAACAGGAUUGAGGAGGAGCAACAGCAGCCACACUGGUGGAUUUGAUGUCCUUUAUUGCUACUGGGAACAGGUGCUGAAGGAGUUCACCAUUCUGCCCUCCCUGCGAGACAUCCUUUGUGUAGGGGGCAUGGUGUGGGCCAGUGGCUAUAUAAUAGUCCUGCUACACAGACAUCAACAGAAAGUCCGGCACAUUCACAGCACGAGUCUCUCCCAAAAGACAUCUCCAGAGAUCAAGGCUACCCAAACCAUCCUGCUGCUGCUGAGCAUCUUUGUUUCUGCUUACUGCAUCAGCUGUGGCUUCACACUGUAUAAAGUGUACGUGACUCAUUCUGGUGACUGGGUGGUGGUCAUAUCUACAUUCAUUGCCCUGUGUUUCCCAACCACCAGCCCCUUUUUGCUGAUACACAGGGAUGCUCAGAUCUUCAGGUCCUGGUGUGCUUCCUGGCAGAAGCCAAGUCUCCAUUCUUAG